AUGGUGUCCAAAGCCAUCUUCUUUUCUUUCUUUGUCGUCUCCGCCCUAUGUUUCUCCACUCUCGGCGGUAUUGCCGCCGCCGAUGCUGACGACUUCGACCUUUUCCAGAUUCAGGGAUCAGUUUACUGUGACACUUGCCGUGUCCAAUUCAUUACCCGUCUCAGCAAAUUCCUCGAAGGUGCGAAAGUGAAGUUGGAGUGCAAGAGCAGAACGAACGGAACCGUAACGAUGACCAAAGAAGCCGUUACCGACAAAUCAGGAAGCUACAGGAUGGAAGUAACCGGUGACCACGAAGAAGAAGUUUGCGAGCUCGUGUUGGUCGAGUCACCAGACAGUGGUUGCAGUGACGUCAGCAAAGAUGAAUACUUACGUAACGCCGCUAGAAUCAGUUUAACGGCCAAUGACGGAAUCGUCUCCCACGAGACACGUAUCGUUAACCCUCUCGGCUUCAUGGUUCACACGCCGUUAGCUGAAUGUCCCGCUGCUUUCAAGGAGCUCGGUAUCGUCCCUGACGUCAUCUUCUAA